AAAUCUUGCACUUUAUAUACCUGUUGCCCCAGAAGGGAUGUAGCAUAACAUUUUUAACAUAUCGAGAGAUAGAAAUUAUAUAUCAAAGGCUGUGCCAACUUGUUUUUUAGUAGUUUGUUUUCGCCAGCAUAUAUAAUGGCAUCGCCAUUGAAAUCUAUCUUAGCAACGUUGCUGCUUUUAGCCAUUGCAUUGCCUGAUUGCCAGGCAAAAUCUAAACCUUCCCUCUUAGGGAAACAAGCCAUUCACCAUGCAAUUGGACGACAAGCCAACCACAUUGAACUUCCCAAACGCCAUAAACCAAAGUUCCGGCCAGGCCCGUGGAAGAAAGCUCAUGCAACUUUCUAUGAAGGCGGCUCAGGAACAUUUGGGGGAGCAUGCAAUUACAAAGAUGUUGCAGGCGAAGGCUAUGGCAUGAAUACAGUUGCACUGAGCAGUGUUUUGUUCAGAAAUGGACAGGCUUGUGGUGCUUGUUUCGAAAUCAAGUGCGCUGAUAGCCCUCAAUGGUGCAAGCUAGGGCAGCCAUCUCUCUUUGUCACUGCAACUGAUCAUUGCCCACCAAAUCCAUCUCUCCCAAAUGACAAUGGAGGCUGGUGCAAUGUGCCACGUGAGCAUUUCGAUAUAGCCAAGCCUGUAUUUAGUCAGCUAGCUGGGUACAAGGCCGGCAUUAUUCCAAUCCAAUAUCGCAGGCUUCCAUGCAAAAAGCAAGGAGGUAUUAGAUUCACUAUAUUGGGGAAUCCUUGGUUCUAUCAGGUCAUUGUGUGGAAUGUAGGGGGAGCUGGAGAUGUUGUUAGUGUUCAAGUGAAGGGUGAUGACAAGCUCAAGUGGACGCAAAUGGAACGAGAUUGGGGGGCAACUUGGAAAACCAGUGCUAUUUUGCAUGGAGAGUCGCUGUCCUUCCGUGUUAGAGCAAGCGAUGAGAGAUACUCGACUUCAUGGCAUGUUACCCCUAAAAACUGGCAAUUUGGCCAGACAUACGAGGGCAAGAACUUCAAAUAGAGUGCAAAAAAUACUUCGAAAGGGAAGUUAUUUGUGUCCCGGUUGCUAAAUACGUAACGUUUGCAGGCCAUGGACAUACACAUCUGGCUUUAUAAUAACAGAAUCAAUAGAAUUCAGCAUAUAGGCUAGAUUUAUUUAUAUUUACGGCCAGUGUAGUGAUACUGACUGCAGAGAGAAUAGCGAUCCAACUGGCAUCAAUUGUGUUUACAAGACAAUAUGAAAGUUUUUUUUUUUUUA